AUGAGGAGGAACCAACUUCCUUCAGACAGGAGCCUGCUCUCCCAGUGGGCUCCAGAACCGUUUUCUUUGGAUGCCUGUGAUCCCGGCCCUACUGACACAUCUGUCAGCUGUUCCAGACAUCGACCACCUCACAGCCUCAGACACAGCAUGACGCUACAGACACCAGCGUGGGCUGUUUUGAAAGGAAAAAGAAUUUCCAGCCCACAAAGAAAGGGGAACUCCUUGAUAGAGGAAAAAAAGGAACUGCCUGCUAACAUGCUACCAGAUUUACACGACUUAAGCCUUCUGGAGCAUGGCAAACACGAAUCUAAUGUGGAUAAAUGUGUGAGGUGUCCAGAGGACCACUAUGCCAACAGAGAACAGAACCAGUGUAUUCCAAAGGUUGUGGUCUUUCUGAACUACAAAGACCCUGUGGGGUUGGCUCUUUCCUUAAUGGCCUUAUGCUUCUCUGCAUUCACAGAUGUGGUUCUUGGAGUAUUUGUGAAGUGUCAUGACACUCCCAUUGUGAAGGCCAAUAACCAGAAUCUCAGCUACAUCUUGCUAAUUUCACUCAUCCUUUGUUUCCUGUGUCCCUUGUUCUUCAUUGGGCAUCCCAACUCAGCUAUCUGUAUCCUACAGCAAGUCACAUUUGGAGUUGUAUUCACUGUGGCAGUUUCUACCGUGUUGGCCAAAACAGUGACUGCGCUGCUUGCUUUCAAAGUCACAGUCCCUGGAAGAAGGAUGAGGUACUUCCUGGUUUCAGGGGCACCCAAUUACAUCAUUGUCAUCUGUACUCUCAUCCAAGUUAUUCUCUGUGCAAGCUGGCUGCAAUUUUCUCCACCCUUUAUUGACAAUGAUGCACAGUCUGAGCCUGGCCAAAUCAUCAUUGUGUGCAACAAGGGCUCAGUGACUGCAUUCUACUGUGUCUUGGGAGACCAUGGUUCCCUUGCCUUAGCUAGCUUCAUUGUGGCUUUCUUGGCCAGGAAUCUCCCUGACACAUUCAAUGAAGCCAAGUUACUGACCUUCAGCAUGCUGUUGUUCUGCAGUGUCUGGGUCACUUUUAUCCCUGUCUAUCACAGUACCAAAGGCAAAGUCAUGGUGGUUGUGGAGAUCUUAUCCAUCUUGAUUUCCAGUGCAGGCCUACUGGGAUGCAACUUUAUCCCCAAGUGCUACAUAAUUUUGUUAAGACCAGAAAGAAAUUCUCUUCAAAAGUUGAGGGAGAAAAGAUCUUUUUGA